AUGGAAACCCCCAGCACCCCGAUGAGGCCUAUAGUGGUGUCUACCCCGCUGGCACCAGAGAGGCCUAAACCCAGAAAGCGUUAUCUCAGCACCAGCUCUGACGAUGAACAGUUCCCACCAACAAAGACCCCACAGGAGGAAGAUGAGGAGAUCUCACAAAUAUGGCAAAGCUUGUUGGACUCUAUCUCGAUACCAAACUCUAUAAUGCAGGAGCCAGCAGCAGAGGCUGUAACAGCUGAAGAACCUGAGAAGUGCAUCAAUACUAGCAUCCCGCCGUCACCUAUUGAGCUUUGGAAUAUGGCUUCUGCAAGUAACAUUCACAUUCAGGCUCCUGAAGCAUUGGCAAACAAUCAGCCGGCGCAUCUCACCCUGAAAAAUCUUCUUGGACUGUCGAUUGAUGAAACACAGCACAUUUUACCAAGAAAGCGUCGAGGAGCUAUGCGUGGAAUUGUCAGAGCAACCAUUUAUGGCAUCUUGAAACACUGCCUAAGCCAGUAUCUGUAUGAGAGCUGUAUUGGAUGUACAAUACAGGCCCCUGGACAGAGCUCUCACGAAUGUACAGUAUGGACAGAAAAUGACAUUUCCACAAAACUACGCAUUCUUUGUGCAAAACUCUGGUUUCAGCCUGUGUUGCAUGUUGUUAUCCUCAUUGGUUAUUCUCUAAAUUGUCUUGCUUUGACCUCAGAGAAUGUGGACCAGGUCUUAAUUCUGACUACAGAGAUUAGCAGAGCUAUAAAUCCUCGAAUGUACCUUGAAAAAAUUAUGAAGACCACCGACCAAUCCUUUCUUCAACAUGUAGAACGCGUAAUCAAAGAUCGGCCCUAUAAGUCAUUUCUUACAUCUAAACUCCAUCUUUUCAAUUGA